CCACAGCAGGAAAAUGUCAAUGGCCACAAUGCAGCUGGAUGUGGAAGAGUCGAGGGCAAUGCCAACGCCUCCGCUGCCCAUGCAACCGCCGCCCAACAAUGGCAUUGUCUAUGGCUUUCGCACACGGCAUUUGUCCUGCAUCGAGGAGAAUGAUUCGGAUUCGUUGCACGGUUCUUCGGUGCCGCGUGGCGCUUACGAUCUUAUGCAGCAGGCGGAUGAAACUUUUAAGAAAUUGAAUGCCGAACAGCAGCGUGCCAAUGAAGAUGACGAAGAGGACACUGAUGAUGAUGAUGAUGAUGGAGGCGAAGAUGAUGAUGAUGAAGAUGAUGACGAGGAUGAGCAGCUGGCAAUGAUUGAUGAGUCGCGUUUGGGCGACGCAGAUUAUCUGGAUGAACUCGUUGCCGUUGAGCAGCCGCCCUUUUGGUCAGGCAACUUUAAUCGCAACGACAUCAUGAUGACAUCGUGCUAUGGCACCCUGAACAGCUCCUUUGGCAGCGAACUCUCGGCCAGCGUUCAAGUGACGCCCAAAAAGGUGCCCGAGCCUCUGUAUGCCACGCCUGAGAAGCGUCGCGAAAGCAAUCGCAGCUUUGAUUCCACUUGCAACUCGCAGACCAGCUCCAUUUAUGGCGGCUCAAUGAACUCCUCGCUCGAUCUUAAGUACAUGAUGAGCAUCUCGGCUGGCGGCGCCACCAGCACAUUGCGAGGCGCCUCAGUGCCGCCCAUGGAUAUAUCGCUCGUCUCUAGCGACGGUGUCAGUGCACUCGACUGGAGCGAGGCGAGUGUCACCUGCGUUCUCGACACUGGCGGCGGCAAUCCCGCCGAGGAACUCAACGAGCAAAUGGCAGCCAAGUGCCUAACAGCAGCAGAGAGCGAUCUUCAAUCAAUUCGACGGCUCUUGGAACACGAUGCCAGCGGCUCUGUGUGCCCCUCGUGCCGCAUCUCCUUCGAUAAGGGCAAACGACGGAAACUGAUCGACACCUGCGGACACGAACGUUGUUAUUCCUGCAUGUUCCGCAACGAUCAAUGCCCCAUGUGCAUGAACAGCUCGCUGAAAGAUGUUGAUGGCGCCAAUGCUCAGGGCUAUGACACCGGCAUCGGCGGCUCCACAUCGACAAUUGUCAGUCCGCUGGGCUCACCGCAGCCUCAGCUGAGAUCGCAUGCACAGCGGAACGCGGCUUUGGCGCGUUAUAUGCAGCAUCGCCAGGAUUCGCAAUCGCCGGAUUACCACCGUUAUGCGAGCAUUGGCAAGUUGCCCCGUGCAGCAGCAACAGCUGCAAAUGGCAAUGCCACAAGCUUUGGGGCCAACACACACACCGUCACCGUCGACAUCCAUCAACACCAACACCAACAGCAGCAGCAGCAGCAGCAGCUGCAACAUCACCAACAACAGCUUGGCAAGCAGCAAACGAGCAGCAGCAACAAUAACAUCGCACACAACAACAACUUGCACUUGCCGUACAGCGAGUUGCAUGCCACACCAGCAUUUGCAACGCCACCGACGCGUCGCCGUUUCUUCAAUCACAAGAAUCUGCGCAGCGCCCUCACCGGCCAUCGACGCACUGCCUCCAACGGCGGUUGUCCCCUGGACACAGCAUCCAUACUCUCGGGCGAUCAUCGUGGCAAGGAGUCGAAUGCCUUGAAUACUUCGACGUGCUCGGACUCGGCAGUGACGCGUCGUCGUCGCAAAAAUGUGAGCAACAACAAUUUGAAAACAUCCACGGAGCACGGAGCCAACAGCGAGAAUCGCCUCAAUCGCCUCAGCUUGGCAGGCACCUCGAUCAAGUGCCUUAUCAAGUCACUGUGGAGCGUUAACUCCUCCAACUCGAGUGAUGCAGGACUCAAUCAUCUAGCAGGAAGCGACACCUUGGGCAUUGAGCAUCAUUCGCAGGCGCUGCUCAACGAGAAGCAGCAAAAGGAUCAGCUGCGAGCUCGCCUCGGUCUGCUGCUGAACGACAACAGCAAUUGCGGCACCAGCAACAGUAACAGCAGCAGCAGCAGCGAUCACAAUGGCAACUCGACGAGCACCACAAGCAGCAGCGGCAACAACACCACCAACAUCAGCAGCAGCAGCUGCAUCACAGCCAACAGCAGCAACAGCUCUUCGCACAACAUCAGUCCGGAGCAGACGCUCGCCUGUGCUGGGGUCCUCAGUGGCAGCCAACUCUCUGUGGCCACCUCGAAUGCCAAGGAGGAUGCCCUCAGUCUGUGCAGCAAAUUUAAGAUGGGCUGCUCCAUGCAGGAGCACGCCUACGAAGCGCUGCCGCUGGCCAAGACGCGCAAAGGAGCCGCACGUCGCUCAACACGUGGCCAGCCCACAGUUGCAGGCGUAGGCGCUGGAGUAGGCGUGGCCGGAGGUGCCGCUGCAGGAUCAGCAGUAACUGCAGGUGCUGCUGGAGCUGUGAGCAAACGUGCUGCUGCCGCCGCCGCUUUAGCAGCAGUGCAACUGGCGCUGAAGCCACUCUUCUUCGAGGUGCCGCUGCAGGAGCCGGAUCCACCCUAUGCGGGUCGCCAGUGGCUGGUGCAACAGCUCUCGAACAUACUGCUCGGCACCGAUACGCGCGUGGUGCUCAUCAACGGCCAGCCGGGCACCGGGAAGACCGCCUUCUGCCUGCAGUUAGUGGAGUACUCGUGCUUCGGACGGCGUCAGAUGCAACAGCAGGAGGAUGUGGAUGCCAUCUACAGUCAGCUGGGCGUACAGAAUGAACGCAUGCGCGGUCUGGCCUCGCACAUGGUGGGCUAUCACUUCUGUCAGUCCGAUGCGAAUCUCACCUGCCAGGUGCCCGAUUUUGUGCACUCGCUAGCCGCCCAGCUCUGUCAAGCACCGCAGCUAACGGCAUAUCGGGAUUAUCUACUAUCGGAACCGCAUCUUCAGGAUAUACUGAGUGUGCGCGAGUGCAUUGCGGAUGCGGAGCGUGUGAUGCGUCUGGCCAUCUUGGAGCCACUGGCGCAACUGCAUCGUGCUGGAAAAAUACCCGCCAAGGUUGCGGUCAUACUUGUGGAUGCACUGUGCGAGGCGGAAUACCAUCGACCCGAUCAUGGACACACGAUUGCCAGUUUUCUGGCACAGCUAACGCCGCAUUUUCCCGCCUGGCUCAAACUGGUGGCCACCGUGCGCACCCAGAUGCUGGAGCUGGUCAAGGCGCCCAGCUACACGCAGCUGACACUCGACAGCUGGGCAAGCAGUCAGACACUGCAGCAGGACAUGUUGGACUACAUCAAUGCCCGGAUCGCGCACUGUCCCGAGAUACAGCACAAUAUUGGGGGACAGUUGGCGCAGUCGCAGGCCAAGUUUGUGACGCAUCUGCAGUCGCUGAGUCGUGGCUCUAUGUUGUAUGCCAAGCUAAUACUGGAUCUGAUCUCGCGCGGACAGCUGGUGGUCAAAUCAUCCAGCUAUAAGGUGCUGCCCGUUUCGCUGGCCCAGAUCUUUUUGCUGCACUUCAAUUUGCGCUUUCCCACCGCACGCAGCUUCGAGCAAACGGCACCCAUUCUCAAUGUCUGCCUGGCUGCAUUGUAUCCACUGACGCUCGAUGAGAUCUACUACAGCAUGGAGGCACUGCAUCAUGGUCAGGAGCCGCUCAGCUGGCCGCAGUUCAUGCAACGCUUCAAGCUGCUCGACGGUUUCCUCAUCAAGCGCCUGGACAACACGUACAUGUUCUUUCACAGCUCACUACGCGAGUGGCUGAUGCGACGCGACGAGGGCGAAUCCAGCAAAUUCCUAUGCGAUGCACGACUCGGUCAUGCCGGUAUCGCCUUUCGCCUCUCGCGACUGCAGGCGCCGCUGCAGCCGCAGCUGACACUCGAGUUGGGCCAUCACAUGCUCAAGGCGCAUCUCUACAGCAGCAGCCAAGCGGCACUCUCGCCCCGCGAUCUGCAGUCCUAUUGGCUAGCCGGCGCAGCGGACAACAUCUCGGCGGCACUUGGCGCUCUGCGCAACGUCUACAGUCCCAAUGUGAAGGUGUCGCGUCUGGUGCUGCUGGCUGGAGCCUCACCUGAUCAUCGCACCGACUACAUGGGCGAUGCGCCCAUUCUCUGCAUUGCCGCCCACGAGGGCAUCUUGCCCAUGGUCAGUCUCCUACUCGAGUUCGGCGCCGAUGUUGGUCUAACCAACAGCCAAGGCUGCACGGCUCUCAUUCUGGCCGCCAUGCGUGGACAUUGCGAUGUGGUGCGUCGCCUGGUGGCCGCUGGCAGCAGCCUGGGUCAGCUGGACACCACACAACGCUGUGCUCUGGUGCAUGCCGCACGCAUGGGGCAUCUGAGUGUGGUGCAAUAUCUGCUCGCCUGCGACUGGUCGCCGCGCGCACGCUCCCAGGACGUGGGACGUUCGUUGGCUUUGCAGCAGGCACUGAUUGGCGCUGCAGCGCAGGCACAUGUCAAAAUCCUUGAGGAUCUCCUGGAUCUCAACGAGCACGAGCUAAACGAUCUCAGUGUUGAUGUGAACGGCCUGGAACCGAGCAGUGGAGAGCUCGCUUUGACCGCUGCCGCGCGACAUGGCUGUGUGGAUGCUGUCAACAUCUUGAUGUCGCGCGGUGCACAAAUUGAUGCACGCAAUCGUCAGGGUUACACAGCGCUGUGGCUGGCCGUCAAGGAGGGUCACUGGAGUGUUGUGGAGCAGCUGCUGCAGCGGGGCGCUCUGCUCGAUGAGCCACUGGGACAGACGCGCAAGACUCCGCUGAUGAUUGCCGCUGAGGAGGGACAUUUGGAGCUGUUGGAGCUGCUGCUGGCACGUGGCGCUGCACUGGAGGCCGAGGAUCACGAGGGUUUCACGGCGCUGAGCUGGGCCUGUUUACGGGGCCAUUUGCCAGCGACGAAAUGCCUCGUGGAGCACGGCUGCAAUCGUCAGCACGAGGAUCACAAUGGUCGCACUGCUCUGGAUCUGGCAGCGUAUCAGGGCGCAGCCAGUUUGGUGCUGUAUCUGCUGGAGCAAGGGGCCAAUCUAGAGCACAUUGAUGUACAUGGCAUGCGACCCUUGGAUCGUUCGAUUGCCUGCCGCAACAUCCAGGCGGUUCAGGUGUUUCUGCGCAAGGGCGCCAAGCUGGGACCAACCACCUGGAGCAUGGCCAUGGGCAAGCCGGAGAUAUUGGUGGUGCUGCUGAACAAACUGCUGGAGGAUGGCAAUGUGCUGUAUCGCAAGAAUCGUUUCCAGGAUGCGGCACAUCGCUAUCAAUAUGCCCUGCGAAAGAUCUCCGGUCUUGAGCAGCUGCUUGAAAGGAAUGCGGUCUUUGCCCAGCUGCGCACCAAUCUGCUGCUGAAUCUGUCGCGUUGCAAGCGAAAACUCAAUGAACUUGACGCCUCCAUAGAUUUGGCCACGCAAGCGAUUCUCCAGAAACCUCACAGCUAUGAGGGUUACUAUGCUCGGGCCAAGGCGCGCAUGGAGUUGGGUGCACUCAACGAGGCGCUAGUCGAUGCCAACGAUGCCAUGCAACAGGCAGCACAGAGCGGUGUCCUUUGCGAGGUCGUCGAAGUCCUUAAGCGCAUUCAGGCCGAGUUGCUCACGCGCAUUACCAUCGAAGAUCAAACUGUUGCCGGCAAAUUAAUCAAUGCCGGAGCGGGAGCGGAAGCAGCAGCGAGUGUCUACGAAUCUCAGCAAGAGAUAACCGAUUUGUAAAUGUCCUCGGCGUUAUUGUUAUUCUACUCGUCCUAUCGCAAUCGAAUCACAAUCAUAAUCAUUAUUCUAAUUAUACAAGUAUUGUAUGUAAUUAGCUUUUAGUCCUUAACUACUUUCAUCUAUUUAUUGCCUUUGGAUGUUUUAAUUUUACAAAUUAAUUUGUACUAUUCAUUUUCUUUACGCAUGUAUAAACUAGUUGUAAUCGACCUUACUCACUUAAGUUUAUCUUGAAU